UUUCCGGUCUAUUGUUUACUAUCAGUCAUAGCAGGAAAAUUUAGUAGGAAAAUGUAAGUUGACCUUAACUUUAAUUUAAGUUGCCGUAUACUUUAAAACUUUGGUGGCAUUGGGUUGUAUAAGAAAAGCAAGUUAGUGUUUUACUUUACUAUACAUAUAUCAUUCCUAAGUAAUUAUAUUUCUAAGUUUAAUAUUUAAUUAUACUUAUAAGACUUAUUUAUUACUAUUACUUAGGCCUAGACUAGUCAUUUGGACACAUUAAUUAAAAAUUUGGUAUUUUAUACAGGGGUUUUCAUGAUUUAUAUAUGAACCUGCCUAGUCUUUAAUCUUUAAAAUUUAAGAGUCCCGUCUGGGGCUUUCUAAGAAAGUUUCUUUUAAUCUUCUUCUUAGUUUUCGCGUGGACCACAAUGCCCAAAUUAGUAAUUAGUUUCUUGAGUCUGUUUCUUUCAAAUCUUUGCUUUGUACUGUACUUUAGCUCUAAACUAGAUUAAAUAAAGACACAAUGAAAGUCCAUAUGCCAUAUGUCACUAUUUAACUUUUCUUAUUAUUUACAUAAGUCUAUGGGCUAUACUAUAGGGUUUCCUUUAGGCAUCUAUACAGCUGUCACUGUCUUUAAGUUAUAUUAUAUAAAACUUAUUCAGUCUCAGUAAUAUUAUUAUAUUACAAUUACAUAAUUUAUAAUUGACUAAUUAUAAUUCAAUAGGAGUGUAGACCUAGCCAAACGCUUUUAAUUUUAAUUACUGUUCUUAUUCUUAAAUACUUAACAGUCUUAAUAAAUUUAAUGUUUAAACUAAACUUAAAAUCAGUAUAUUUUGGUCUUAGAAGCUGUUAACCAAAGCCAAAAGCAGUCAAGUUAAUAUUUGUAGUUGUAGCAUCAACAACAGUAAUAAUAAUAAUAAUAAUAAAGUUUAUUUCAAAAACACGCUUCAUCCCCAAAGGCUCGAAGCGCGGUACUAAGUAAAAAAAAAACAACCAAAUCUAUAAUUUACCACUUUUAAAACAAACGCAACACUACAAAAACUAAUUACAAGCAUACCAAGUCAAAGUCUUUCUACCCAUUUCAACCCUAGCAACACAGCCAAUAUGCAUUAAAUGGAAAAUAUGGUAGACAAUCAUCCCAGAAGGUGUUUGCGAAAUAGAUGUGUCUUUAAAUCGGUUUUAAAGGACUUCAGUGUCUGAUUGUUUCUGAGAUCGACUGGAAGGGUGUUCCAAAUUGUUUGACCAGCAAAUGUGAAAGCGCGCUUUCCGUAAGUCUCAAGGCGAACACGUGGUGUCGAGAGUUUGCCACUGUCGGAUGAGCGGAGUUGUCUAGUGGGUACAUAAGGGUACAGUGAAACAAUUAGCUUGUACACCUGCCAUAGAGCUACUCUGCAUCACUUUAAACCCAUUUUACCUACCUAGGGAGUUCACCCAAAUCUGUAUCAGCCUCACUUACAUUCCACCUAAUGCUAACAAGAAGCAGGCUACUGAGAGACUUUUGGAUGUAAUCCAUGAAAACUAAGACUCCGAAAGUCUGGCAUUCAGCAUGCUCCCCCUGAAGUCACAAAUCUUAAUGAGAACUAAUAAGUCCCUGAUAUGGCUAUGAAAAUUCACUGAAUAUCUUUUUUUUUUCACUAGUGAAAUAAAUUAAUGUGGAUGUCUCAUGUUCCAAUAGUUUUAUUUAUGUGGUGAAAAUGUACAAAUACAAUGCAAUCAAAAAGCAUUUCCAUUUGUUUGGAUCAAUAAAAGAAUCUUAUCUUAUGAAAGCUUAUAUUAUUCACCAGCUUUUCACAGUUUAAUGUACAGAGUACUCUGCUGUACUGUUAAUAUCUUACUGAUAUUCUAUUCUAUUAAUACUCUUUAUUAGACUAAAUUUAUCAGUCUAUGCUUUAGAAAGUUUGGUUUAAUUUAAUGUAUCAUCAUUAAUAUAUGUUUAUCAUAUGGCACCAAAUGAAAUGAAACUUAUAUUCUCUUGAAGUCAAUUUCUAGCCUGGCAAUUAUAUUAUUGUGAUCUUUGCCGAUAUUACGGUAUAUCAAAUAUGAAAUAAGUUCCUCAUAACUUACUUUAUUGUAGAAAAGAAUCCUUGAUUUCCACAUCUGCCUGUAUACCCAUCACUUUGAACAUUGUAAAAUUCAAAGCUAAGGUCUAGGGUCAAUUUUUCAAGUUCUGGAAAUGUCGGGGAUGAUCUUGUUUUCUGCAUCUUUUGUGUGGCAUCCAGUAAUCCAGUGUAUAGCUACUCUCCCUAUGCACUACAGUGGCAGGUUUAUGAUGUGCCUCGCAAAAUGUGAAAUGCAUUUUACUCUCAGCUUGCAUGUUUUUCCAGAGUCUGCCAUUGAUGAUCUUAAACCCAGGUGGGAGGGUUGUGCAUUACGCCAGCUACACAUCAUAUAAACAAUGAUGUGAGAUUAUUACAGUAAAUUAUGUUGAAGGAUUUUCCUUUAUCAUUGCUAAUUCUUUGAAAAGCACAAUCAUUUAAAAAGUUUCUUUGACCCCAUUUUCAAGUUAGUCACAGUUUUUAAUAAUAUCUAAAAACUUUAACUUAAAUACAGGAAUACAUUGAUGGACACUUUCUCAUUGAUGUCGAGUUAGUGUAAUUAGGUAGUGGGAACAAAAUGGGUUUUGCUUUCUUUUUCUUGGGGCAGUUGAGAAAUAUAACCACUAAUACUAAUAGCACCUACUCACCUACUCAAUAACUGGGAACUUGGAACUUAAAAAGGACAUAUAACCCUUUCAAACCUAAACGUUAAAUGUAUAAAAUAACAAAAUCAUUGAUGUUCACUGUAUGAUUUUUGUUAUUUUUAUACAUUUAACUUUCAGCUUGUACCUGUAUUUCUAACAAUAUUAUUAUUUUUGUUUUAGUUAAAGACGAAUUCGGAAAGACACAUUUGGACUAAAGAUGGCUGAAUUUGAUCCAUGUGAAUGUGUGGACAUAUAUAAUCAUGAGAAUGCUAUGCGCAGGCUUAUGAACCUGGUAUGUAAAUAUUUAAACAUUGUGCCUCUUAUUGUUGUGAACACUCCAGAAGACAAAUGAAGAUUGCAUUAGUUUUCACUAGGACUGCAUAAUUUCUAGAAAAUGAUAUAUCACCUUAUAGGCUUACAACUUAUAGGGUUAAUAACUGGUUUGAUGAUAAAUUGAUACCAGUACACUAGGGCAGUCAAGUAGGAGGGAAAACAAUUUAUGCUGAUAUCAAAAUUUUUCUUGACAAUUCCACUGCCCUGGAUUAGAUUCAUCAUUAAAAGAUUUCAUAAGUUAUGAAGAUGUGAAAAAGACAAUUACAUUGGAUCAAGUAAGGGAUAUUUGCUAGUUAGUUUACUAUGGAGCAGAAAAAUAAUCUUGGCUCCCUUUCAUUGUCUUCAACUGGCUGGGACUGACAUAUAAUUAAAUUUAAAUAAUUAUCAAAUUUGUAAAGAUUUUUAUUUUUUAAACAAGCUAUGCUGCACUCCAGGAAAGUCACCUAGGCUGAUGUUCCCUUGACAUUUUUGAAUUACGAUUCUUGAAUAUUGCUUAACUCAUUGUGACUAUUUCUUUUGAGGCCCCCAUCCCACAGGACUUAAUUUAAGACUUAAUAAUUUCUAUAAUGCUUUAGCAAAAUAAACUGUAAUGAGCUUGUAUGAUUCAUGAUUUUCAACCAAUAAUGUCCACAGUUGCGAGACUCUCAAAAUGCUUGCACUGACAGUGGCUGUGAUCAAAGUAAGGCAUAACAUUUCUGGUUUUUAUGUAUCGUAUAUAAUCGCAUAUAAGCCGAAUUUAGAACUAUAAAAUACAAUACUGAAAUCAGGGGGUCGGCUUAUAUGUGCAUAAAACAAAAUGGACACAAGGACAGACACUAAUGCCAAUUUUCCAGCCACACAUAUACUUCGUUAAUCAUUAGUUGUGAACAACUUAUGAGCGGAAGUUCAGAUAUUAUUAUAGCAAACAAUGUGGAAAGAGCAGAACACGUUUUUGUGUCAUUCCAAAAGGUAAACAAACUGGUAUGUAGCAUAAAAGCAAGCAUUUUACAUCUUUACAGUAAUAAAUUUCUAUGAACCAAAAAUAUGGAGCAAAAUUAGACAAUUGUAUGGUGGGCUUAUAUGCGGGUUUUUGCAAAACUGGCCAUUUUAAAGCAGUUUUAGGGGAAUGGCUUAUAUGCGAUGUAGGCUUAUAUGCGAGUAUAUACGGUAUAUAAUUAUUAUUAUUAUUUGUUAUAUUUUGUUAAUUUUUGUGCGUGUUCCUGUUAUGUCUGUCUUUCCCUGAUUAUAAUUUAACAACUUUAAGCACCAAGUCAGGUGAACAUAAGGUUUACAAAUAGGAACUUUAUGUUUGAAUUAAUAUCUCAAAAAUAUACUGCCUGCCUUUAAAUAAGAAUAGUGUGCAUUGUUAUUUGUGGUAAAGCCUUUUUUUCACUGUGUAAUGUAGGCAAAUUUUCUUUAUAACUUAACAUGGUGACUAAAUUUUUUACAAAAAAUAUAGUUGAUGUAGAAGAAUUAGUUUGAAUUACAUGGAUUUUUAAAUAGUAAAUGUAUGAACUUUGUUUGAAAAAUAGCAGAUGGAAAAAUUUUUUUAAAGAAGACACCAAAUAACUACAACAAACUUUUAAACUGUUGGUUAGGAUCAUGUGACAGAAAAUAUAAUUUCCACUAAUGCACAUUUACAAAUAUUUUUACAAGGUAUGGAAAAGCCCUAGAUCUUAAUAAUUUUUUUUUUUUUAAGCAUUUUCUUAAAAAUAGUACUUACAUGUUUAGAGAGUUGCAGCAAUGACUUAUGGAAAUAAUGUUAAAACUAUCAGUUCACUUAGAUUGUUAUCUACUCUUAGUGCCCAAUAAUCCACAAGCCCCUAACUGCACAGAGGGCUAUAUGCUGCUGAUGUUAGGAUGGGUUGUGGUGGCUACACUGCUGUACCUACUGAGGCCUAAAACUCUACGAUUAAGGGGAGAUGAGAAGCCUGCACCAUCGUCAGGGGUUAGUCAUUGACAUUGAAAUAUGAUACAUAGUUGGAACAUCUCUUUAUUUUCUUAGUGUUAUUUCAGUUCCAUGAUAAUGAUUUGUUCUUCUGCUGAGUUAAAUCUGCUUUUGAACUAAGCCAGCGGUUCUCAACCUGUGGGUUGGGACUAAGACCAUCGGAAAACAUAUUUAUGAAGUACCAACAAAAAUAAUUUUAUGGUUGGGGGUCAACACAACAUGAGGAACAAAGUGUUGCGUCAUUAGGAAGGUUGAGAACCCCUGAACUAAGCAUUUUGGCUUGGCAUUCAAUUUUUUAAAUACAUUUUAACUAUGCUACUUUUAUUACUAAAGUUUUGAAAAUUUUUUAAUCUUCUUAAAAAAAUUUUAAUCUUUAAUAAUUUGUGUUACUCCACUUCUAUUAAAAUGAGCAUCACUGGAAUCUAUUUUUAAAUAUCUUUCCCCCUCGAUAUAGUAUUAGAGAUACUGAGAAAAUGAACAGUUAUUAUCUUGAAACUUUAGAUUGGGCUACUGUCAUUUAUCAAAGUUUCUUGAGCCCAUUUCUUAUGAAGUUUACACCUUUUUAGACUAUUCAAAUCUUUCUUAAUCUUCAGGAUGGAUCUUCUCCUCCACCGGCGCCUUCUGUCCACUAGUUGGACAAAGUUGGAUGUGUCUUGCUGGCUGUGAGCAUUUAAUUGGAUUUUUUUGGUUCCAGAUACAGUGCUUGUAUAGAACUGAGCAGCAAUUUUUACAUUUACCAUACAAUGAAUGAGCUUGUUUGAUCCCAAUGGUACAAUGAUGGUACCGGUACUAAAUCUGUUGUUAAAUGAUGGAGUCAUUUUGUUGUUAAGACUCCUGAUGCUAUGUAUUCAAUUUUUUUAAAAUAAAGAAAUUCUGCUGCAGGAAAAAAAACAGGUGAAAUAUUAAAAAGAACAUUUUAAUUACCCUGAUAUAAUGUGAGUUAAUUUAUAUCAAUCUAUAAAACUCAUUUUUUUUUCUUUUUUGUUUGACUACGGAAAUAAAGAAUUUUAAAGUUGAAAGAUUUGUUUAAUAAUUUCUUUAAAAUAUACUAUGCACCACCUGUUUGAUUAGAUGCAGACAACUUUAUACUAAUUUUGUUUCAUUUUAAUUACGGUACUUAUUGCUACAGGUGAUGGCUUUUUAAAAAGAUAUUUUAUUUUUUUUCCAACCUUAUAAGGGUCAAUCAACUUGGGGGGAAGUGGGGGUGGGUAUUAACUUUAUUUUCUUUUCAAAUGAUAAAAACAACUCAAUUUAUAUUUUAAAACAUAAUUUUGUUAUAGUGUCAGUAAAAUAUGAGCAACAUUAUCUUUAUCAAAAUGUUCUUAUUCAGAUGCACAUGGCAGAGUAAACCUUUGUUGAAUUCAGUUUUGUUGACCUAAUAACCAUGAAAUUUUGUUGUUUUUGAUGAGAAAAUUUUAAAAAGUAAUUUUUUUUUUUACAUUUUUGUUUUUUUAUCCUAGUCAGAAAUGUUGAUGCAAAAUUUGAAGUUGUAUAAAAAAAAAUGAAGGAAAACAUUACUGUUUAUUAUUUUAUUACUAAUUAGCUAUUUAGUUCUAAGAGAUAACUAUAUUUCUUUUAUAAGUUGCUUUUCAACAUUAUAUGUAAGAAAAAAUAUGGUUCUGAAGUGUAAUAUAAAUAAUUACACUGUAUAUUUGUUUUUGUUCAUUUUAUUUUAUAACCCUAGGCGUUUGUGACAGCAUUGCAAAUAACAUAUUGAAAUCACCUUUUGAAAGAAAAAACAUGUUAUAUUUAUAUUUCUUGGAAGUUGAGUGAAUUUAUAAAAAUAAAUAAUACUGCUUUACUUUUUUAUGUUUUGAGAAACCUACCGGUGGUUGAUGGUUGUAUAGUUAUGAAAGUAGAUAUCAGCUAACCAGAAGAUGUUAUGUCUUAACUCUUUUCUUGCCAAUCCAGGAUAUAUUGUCGAUUGGACUGGUCACAUUUGUGUCAAUCCACAAUAUACCAGCUACACAGACUAUUUAGUAAACUGAUAAGUUUUUUAUACUUUUAAAUAUUAUUAUUCACUGUCUAAUUUCCUUUAAUUUGAUAUGAAAUACAGCUAUCUUGCUCAAAAAAGGUAUUUAAAAUCCAUUAAUAGAUAAGAGCACCCUAAAAUACUCCCACUGGCCGAAAACUAGUCAGGCACAAAUGUGGAAAAACCCCUGGCAUGGAAAGGGUUAAAGCUGAAUUAAUACAAUUAUUUCUUUAAAGUUAAUUUAAAAACUUUCUUCUAACUAGAAAUUUCAACCCCAUUUCACUCAUUUUUUUUUUAAAUUUAAAAUUAAAAUUUAUUUUUUAAUGUUUCUUUUUUUUUUGAGACUAUUCAUGAUAUUCAUUUAUUUCUUUCAAUCUGUUGCACAAAACUUCCAACAUGAAACCAUCUGUUUAUUGCCUAAGAUAUAUUUUUCCCACGACUUGCUGGUCUUUUAAAGUUAGUGAUUUAUUGAAAUGUGUUUGUAUUGCUGCCAGUCUACAACACGGUCCAAACACAUGUCUAAGUUAUGUUGACCUCAAUGUGUGUGCUGCCCCUUCUGCCCUCUGUAUACUUUGUACAUAUGUUUCAGGACUAUAUAUUAUAAUUUACCAAUACACUUUUCUCUCAAAUGAUGUUUUUUGUGUAUUCAACUGUAAUCUCAUUGCCUAUUAGGAACAUAUAUUUAAUCACAGAAUCUGAAUUCAGUACUGAUGUAAGUGAAAAAAGAGUUAGUCCUAUCACAGUAAGAAGCUUGCAGUACCUACAAAUUAAUCUUGAAAGACAAAGAGUAUAGUCUUAUUAAUUCAAUUUUGAAUAUUAGAUGACGCUGUCAGUACUUAGUACACACCACAUAAAGAUAUGACCAUCUUUAAGUUCUCCACUAAAAUGCAAAAGAUGAUUGAAGAAUACAACAAAUGGUGAUUAUUUUUAAAUGCAUUAAUUGCAUAUUAAUUAUUUCCUUUUAUUAUUGUUGAUAAAUUAUUUAAUGAGGUAUAUUUUAAACUCUUACUUUGUAGGAAUAAAAGGGAAACUGGUGACUACUUUGACAUUUUUUGUUUUUAUAUUUGAAGAGCUUUAUCAUUUGUUUUUCUCCCUGUUACAUGGAGUAGCUGGUUUUAUCCUGAUUUACAUUCCUACAUCUGUACAAGUAAUGUGUGGUAAUUAUCUCAUGAGUGCCUCCAUACUCCCCAAAAUAAAUUCCAAUAAAUGAGACUGUUACUGUGCCCUUGUAACAUAAUUAUGUGUAUAUUUCUAGUGACUUAAAAACUGUCAUUAUAUGUGCACAACUUUAGAAACUUAUGCAUCAUUUGAUAAGUGAAUACAACAGAUGGUGUACUCACAAUUUGGCAGCAACUUUACCUAAAAGAUAAGAUUUGAUGUUUUCACAAAGAUUUGGAUGACAUAAUACAAUUGACUUCUGAACCCCAAGCUUUGUAGCGUGUUGGCCCUCUGAACCUGUCUUUGUUUUGUUGUGUUUUAGGCAUUUUUUAUCAGGACUAAGAACAUUAUAUAAACUGUUUUGAAAAUGGUUAUAAUUAAUUAAUAGACAACCAAAC